GUUCCUACCUGACACAACCGUGUCAGUCCCAAUGACGGUGAGCUACAUGUCCCGUUGGUGCGUGUUCAAACGAGACACCUGCACCGCCGUGUUACUUCCCUAAACCUGCCCACCACCAGCCCCCACUCCGAGAAAGCAGCAGGCUGCUACAAGGAUGAGACGUCUGCCGGUGUUGUUGCUGCUCCUCUGGAUGUGCGCGCUCUACUUCGUGGGCAUCUACUUGUUCGUGGGUGGGUUCCUGCUGGUGAGACUCGAGGUGAACCGUACCAGCACCUGCGGCGAUGUUCUGAAGCCUGGCGAGAAACCAGGGGACUUUUGUGGCAUUGAACCCCGUUUUCGCAGGGCUGUACUUCUCAUUAUUGACGCCCUGAAAAUAGACUUUGCCCGGUUCGACCCAAACAAUACGGCACCCAGACCGUAUGAGAAUAAACUACCGGUCCUUCAGGAGACGACAGCAACUCGGCCGUCCCAUGGUCGACUCUACCCAUUUCGUGCCGACCCCCCCACAACCACCAUGCAAAGAAUUAAAGGCUUCACCACUGGAUCUCUGCCCACUUUCGUAGAUGUUGGUAAUAACUUUGCGUCAAGUGCCAUCUUGGAGGACAAUCUCAUCCAUCAACUUGGGCAAGUUGGCAAGCGAGUGGUGUUUAUGGGGGAUGACACCUGGGAGAAUCUAUUCCCCAAAAAGUUCUACCGUUCUCUGCCCUUCCCAUCAUUUAAUGUCAAGGACCUGCACACUGUGGACAAUGGGAUCCUCCAGCACCUUUACACAACCAUGUCUGGUGACGACUGGGAUGUCCUCGUCGCUCACUUUCUUGGUGUGGACCACUGUGGUCACAGGUUUGGCCCUGACCACCCUGCCAUGGCUGACAAGCUCACACAGAUGAAUGGAGUCAUCAGGUCGGUGAUCGAACGUCUCCAGAAUGACACGCUGCUGGUGGUGAUGGGGGACCACGGGAUGACUGACUCAGGAGACCAUGGUGGUGAGAGUCUGAAGGAGACUGAUGCUGCCAUUUUUCUCUACAGUCCUGCCCCGCUUUUUCAUGGACCACCCUCGCAGAGUGAACCGGAUGUGGUUCCACAAACAGACCUUGUCCCAACCCUUGCGCUUCUGCUGGGAAUCCCAAUCCCAUAUAGCAGUGUGGGCCAAGUUCUUCUCCCUUUAUUCCCGUCUCAUGGUCACACAAAACAAACCGGUGAUGGUCUCAGUCAGCUGGAGGCCUUGUGGAUCAAUGCAAAGCAGGUGAACCGUUUCCUGGAAACGUACUCUGUCAUGGCCAAAGACAUCCCAACGGACAUCCUCACCAAGCUGAAGGAGGACUUUUCUGGCCUCUCAUCACAAUACCUCACCUUUGUUCAGUCAGGACGUUCCUCCUCUCCCGAGCUGGCCGCUUCCCUGCAGGCCUACCUCACCUCGGUCCGAGACACGUGCCGGGCUACUUGGGCCAAAUUCAACCCACUCAAAAUGAUGGCCGGUUUAAUUAUACUGGCGCUGGCAUGUGGGAUGUGUUUCAUUUUGUCAGAGCUAUCGCUUGUUUUGAUGAGUGAGAAAGGACCAAGACUGAAGCCGUCUGUUGUGACAGCAGCAAUUGUCGGUGCUUGCGUCGCUGCUGGGCAGCUUCUAUUGCAGGGCUUCAUAAAGGUGCACUGGUGUUUAGCUGCGGCAGCUCUCUGCUCGGAACUUCUCUUCCUCUAUCAGGCCUAUCAUUCCAGGACAUUUCCCGCUGUGAGGAACGGCUCAAAAUCCCCAAAGUUUUCCAGUCUUUUCUCUCCACGUCAUUUGUUAGGAGCACAUUUUGUCGUGCUACUCCUCCGUUGUGCCUCUCUGCUCUCUGACAGCUACGUGAUCGCAGAGGGACGUGUUGUUACUUUUCUGAUAUUUUCUUUCGCCCUGUACAUUCCUCUUCAACUCAACUGGGACGGUUUGUUGCUGCCGCCCGGACACGACUUGUCAAAGCCCACUGGGCUGCUUCCUUCACCUGUGCUGUCUUCAUCGGUGAUGAGAAAAGAAAGCAGCACUUUGCUUACCGGCCUAGCGCUUCUCAUAGGCACUGUCUCUCUGUCCCUUUCCUUCCACAGCUGUCGAGAGGAACAAGGCGACUGUCAGCCGUCGUCCUUUCUCUCUUCGCUGUCUCGUAUGCAGGACAGUCGGCUGAAGAACCUUCACUACGUUCUGUCAGUUGGGUCCCUCGGACUGUGUACGUAUCUGUUGAAACACUGCCUGCGACAUUAUGGAAAUCUCAACUCAUCCGGGGCGACGGUUUUCACCGCCCGCUGGAUCCUACCAUUGUUGUCAGUGUGCUUGUGCUUGCACUGGGCUGUUGGGGCGACUCCUGAGGACAGCUUCAGGAGUUUGGCUGAGCUGAUAGGUCUGGCCCAGCUGGUCCUCCCCUGGACUGCCUUCUGUCUCCUGGGCUUGGCGCUGCUGCUCAUCUGGCUGGACCCACUCACUGUGUUUGUCAAGACAAGAACCGCAGCAUCCACCAAGGGUUUAUCUCUUCCGCCACCUAGUUACCGUGCCAGCACUGGCAUCAGCCCCCAAGCGGAGCUACACCAUCUCAUCCCCCAGAUCUACCAGCGCAUGAGACAAUCGCUUGAUGAUGGAGAGUUGAGUGGGAGCAGAGAGGAGGAUGGGAGGCCUGCUGUAGAGGCGUAUGGACUAGGAUCUGUCUACUCUGCGCCUUUGCUUCUUUUGUGUGGCCUGAUGGAAGUGGGUCUGCUACUGCUUCACCCAGAGGCCAUGGCUCCUGCUUUCCUCCUGCUGUUGCUGCAAAUGGGGGCGCUGUUGUACAUCCAUGGGUCCUCCACAAACCUCACCAAACAGCUUGGCACACAGUCGGGUGCCUUUAAUGUUCCCUGGACCCCCAUUGUCUUGUGGUCACUUGCUGCCACACAGUUUUUUCAUGCAACGGGUCACCUCCCUACCUUCCCCUCCAUCCAGUGGAGCGCUGCAUUUGUGGGGUUUCCUGAUGGACACUCUGGAACUACCCUGCCAGCUACACUGGUCACUCUGAACACCUUUGCAUCGCACAUCUUGUUUGCAGUGGGCUGUCCUUUGCUUUUGUUCUGGCCGUUGGUGUGUGAGGUGCGUGGGGGUCCCAGCAGAGCAGCAAGAGCCUGUGGGGACGAAGGCGAGGAUGCAGUGAUGGAGAUGAGACUCAGGGAGAACCCUCAGCUCUUCAGCGCCGCUCUCCUUCAACUCUCUGCACGCUACCUCUUCAUUCAAGGAGCUCAGGUCUUUGCUUCAGUUUGUGCUGCUGCGAUUCUCCGGAGACAUCUAAUGGUGUGGAAGGUCUUUGCCCCCAAGUUAAUGUUCGAGGCCUCUGGGUUCUUGGUUAGCUCUGUGUUUCUUCUGAUGGGUGUCACAUUUGUGCUGAGAGUUGACGUUGGCGUCGGCCGCUGGUUUAAGAAACUCAUCCCUGAUGCAUCAAGGUAGCGGCGACCGUGCUGCAUUUCCGUCUACGGCCACCAGGGCGCAGUGUGCCACAAAGCCUGAGUAAGAAAACGUUGCCAUUCGAUCAAGUAGGACUCCUUAACCUUAACGUGACGAGCAAGGAAGGGUGCUGUGUCCCUGCUGAGGGUGAAGCUUUACAUUAAACGCUGACAUUGUUUUCAGCCGGAUGUCAAAGGACAGAUCUUUUGUUAAAUAUAUAUUUCUAAAGCUGCCUUGCUGAGAUGGAAGUUGUGUGUGUGUGUGUCAUCCGGACUUGAAUGUUUAUCAACUCUCAAUAUUUGGGAUUGUUUGAAUUGAAUUUCUGUGGCAUGGGUGCGAAUCUUCACCUCAUACAGUUUACACUCACCAAAAGCCUGUCACACUCGCUCAAAACUGACCAUACUGCAGUCAUAUAACCGAAGUUGUUGAAAAUGAUAGAAUGUAUUUUUUAUAUGAAAAUCAACUGCGUCUCAUUUGAAUUGUGUUGCAGACUGUUAAAGUGUGUCCAGGAUUUAGAUAAAUGGAAGUUUGAGUGACAAUAACAGCAGGAUCUUCAGCAAUAAAGAAACAUAGAUGUAUUGAAAUUAAACUUGUCAUGGGAUUGAGGGCCAGUUUUUCUCAUCAGGCAUUUUUCUAAAUACGUUUUUAAAUAUCUCUUUAAUUUCAAAAUCAAACAGCCUCUUCAGACUUCCCCUUCCUGAGUUAUUGUAAUAAUAAACUGCUUCGAUAGUUGAUUGAAUUGUCUAAUUAUGACGCUAAUUUCUUUUCUUCCCGAUUUCCUGGUGAGUCUUCAGUCUGCCUAAACAGCAAACAGUUCCAUCAGAAAAUAGACCAGUCAUUUUUUCUUCUUAUUAUUAUUAAUGUCAUUAUUUGCUCCCCUUUUUUGAUACAGUGUCAAAUCUACAUCACCAAUACAGUGCUUAUCUGAAAGUACAAACACAAAACUGACUACGCUUUACUGCGCUUUGUUUAGCCGCAUUUCUGUCUUCCGCCAAUCUCUCACUUUACUGUGGAACUGCUGAGGAUUUGGACAACAACCUGCUUUAGUUUGUUUGAAAGAACUUGUUAAACGGUUGCAUUUUGAACGCAGACAGCAGCGACUCUGUGCUGUUUGUACGACUUAUUAACCCGCACAGUGUUGCCUGAAGUGUGUGUUCUGUGCGUGUGUUGGAACAUGAAUUCAUUUGACAAGCAUGAGCAGUUAAUUUAUCCAGGGUAGGCAGGAUAUCUGAGUCAGUGUCCGGUUGGAAUCUGUCUCCGUUAACAGCGGCGGUCUGCUGCUCCCGCUCAUUAGCUAAUGCACUGCGCUAACGCUACUUUGGAAAAGACCCUGCCAUUUUCAUGCUCUGGAAAAUACAGUAAAUAUCAUUUUGGACUAUUGUUGAUCCUUGUUACUUUUAAGUGAAGAUUUCAUAUGUGUAAUGAAUUUUUUUUUUUAACAUAUGAUUAAUAUAUGGACGACUAAAAAUGACUGUGAAAACUGUAAUAAAAACU